AUAGUGUCGCCGAUAUUUCAGGCAUCCUUCAUAUCACUAGUUGAGUUCAUAAGGAGAUCGAUGAAUGUCACUCCAGUUCGUGACGAGUUCGUUGUGGGUCACACCAGCGGCCCGGAUGACUGA